AUGUUGGAGGAGAAGAGCACCAAGGUGAAGCUGGCCUCCCUGGUCAUCCUGGUGGGUAUCUCCUCCAUGUUGGCGGCGGUGGUGACGGACCACUGGGCUGUGCUCAGCCCCAGGGUGGAGAAGCUUAACAGCACCUGCGAGGCAGCCCACUUUGGCCUCUGGAGACUCUGCAAGAAGAGCAUCUUCAUGGUGGUGGAGGACCCUGAAGGCAAGGGCUGUGGCCCCAUCAGUCUGCCUGGAGCUAAGAAUUGCUCCUACUUUAAACACUUCACGUCGGGAGAAGAAGCUGAGCUCUUUGAAGUUAAAACCCAGAAGCAGUACAACAUCUCGGCGGCGGCCAUCGCUGUGUUCAGCCUCGCCUUCAUGGUGCUGGGCUCUCUCUGUGUCCUGUGCUCAUUCGGAAAGGGCCGAGACUACCUGCUGCGGCCUGCUGGAAUGUUCUUCGCCUUCGCAGGCCUGUGCAUCAUCAUCUCUGUGGAAGUCAUGCGCCAGUCCGUCAAGCGGAUGAUUGACAGUGAGGAGACCAUCUGGAUUGAGUACUACUACUCGUGGUCCUUCGGCUGUGCAUGCGCCUCCUUCAUCCUCCUCCUUUCCAGCGGAGGCAGUCUACUCAUCAUCUCCAUGCCUCACAUGCCUCGCAACCCCUGGGAGACCUGCAUGGAUGCAGAGCCAGAGCCCAUAGAUGAGUGCUAG